AAAAGGAAAUGCUUUCAGAGGCUCGAGCUCGCUUGGCAAAUACACAAGGUAAAAAGGCCAAGCGUAAAGCCAGGGAAAAACAGUUGGAAGAAGCACGGCGAUUGGCCUCGCUGCAAAAGAGGAGAGAAUUGAAAGCGGCAGGCAUCGAACUGAAGACCAAGAAAAAGAAGAAAGGAAUGGAUUAUAAUGCCGAUAUACCCUUUGAAAAGAGACCAGCUCUUGGGUUUUACGAUACUUCUGCAGAGAGGAAUCGUCCUGCUGAAUCAGCAAUGACAAACGUUGCAUUACAAAAGUUGGAAGGAAAGCGUCGUGCAGAAAUUGCCGAUGAAAAAAGACGAAAACGACAAAAAGUGGGAAAAGAGGACAGAGAGGGUGGGGCAAUUAAUUUUGUGCCUGCCAGGAAUGCACAGCUUAAUAAAAUCAAACAAGCCGAACAAAUAAGCAAACGGAGGAAACUUGUCUUGCCAGCUCCUCAAGUUGGAGAAGAUGAAUUGGAACAGAUUGUUAAAAUUGGUUUUGCUGGAGAAACCGCAAAAGCUGUUGUUGGUGAAAAUGAAGGCUCAACUUCACUUGGCGACUACACACCUGCAACAACAUUACCACUGCGAACACCGAGAACUGUAAGGACUGGUGGUGCGCCAACAACACCGAAAACACCAGGCACAGUCAUGACACUCAGAACACCUUCCCGUACGCCUGGGCCAGCAAGCGCUGCAGCUAUCAAGCAACUAAAGGCGGGAUUGUUGAGUUUGCCAAAGCCGAAAAAUGAUUUUGAAAUUAUACUACCUGAAGUUGAGGAAACUACAGAGGACGCGGACGACAUGCAAGGCGUCGAGGAGGAUGCUAGCGAUCGGGACCGUAAAUUGAGGGAACUGCAAGCUGCCGAAGAGCGAGCUCGUCUUGCACGGAGAUCUCUGGCCGUGCAGCGCAAUCUCCCGCGACCUGCUACUGUCAAUUCACGUGCCUUAUGGGAGACAUCUACUGAUGAAUCAGCAGGAAUGAAUGAUAUAGAAUUAAUGAUAUGUGAGGAAAUGAGCAAGUUAUUAAGCAAUGAUCUUGUCAAGUAUCCAGUAGCCGGCAGCAAAAUUACAGGCAGUGACUCAGCCCCGCCAAUAGAAGAAUUUCCGGAUGAGCUAAUGGCAGUUGCAAGACAAACAAUUAAUGACGAAUAUCAAUCAUUAAUUCAAAAUAACGGUUCUGACACACAAGAUCGGCUUCUGCCUUCUGACACAGAAUUGCAGGCUACGUGGACCAAAGUGCAUGAUGAUAUAAAUAAUGAAGAUAAUACAAUAGAGAAAUUGCAGUAUAUACACGAG